AUGGAGCUGCUUGACCUCCCGCCCGAAAUUUUCCAGCGUGUCGUCGCGAUGUACGUGCGCCGAGUCGGGCUGUGCGAAGCAUGGAAGCUCCGCAGCGUUUGCAAAACUUUCUCUGUCUACCUCACUGAAGAAGUGUUCGGCCGCCAGCCCAUGAAGGUCUACUUCCGCAAAUCAAGCAAUCAGCUACUCAAGAGCGGGCUAGCUGUUUACCUUGAAUGCCACACCAACGCGCUGUACGGCGCGCACGAAACUCUUCCCACCUUGAUACAGAAGACGGUCGGCGAGUUCAUGAGGAUUUCGAACGAGUCGUCGGACGCCAAGCGCGCCGAAUACACCAGCAAGCCACUGGGGAUACAGGCCUUAUCCAGAACUUUCUCGCUCGUGGUACCUCUAUAUGGCGCCAGACCAAUUGCUUCGGAGCAUCCCCGCUAG